AGGCAAUAUGGGUGUGGUUUACAGACACGCAAUACGGAAGAAUACUGGGAUUUACUAGUUCAAAAUGGCGUCCAGUUUGGAGGAUUACAGGAGAAGGGCUAGUUUUAGCGUCCCUCGGAUGCAAGAUGUUUUGAUAGGGAGAGAGAUACUAGACUUUAAGAGAAAGGUUUGUGACACUUUAAAAGCUGAUCCACUUUUCAACCCGAAACCACUUCAUUACUAUUCACUGGAUAAAGAGAGGGAGAUGACAUUUAAGAGAGUCAAGAGGCUAUUGGAGUAUAAUUUCCUUCCAGAGGAAGCCAUACUGGAUAACCCAAUGCUCAUAUCAGGACUCAACAGUGUAUUAAUAUCAUACGAUCUUGGAACCCUAGCAGUUAAUUCAUUGCACAGAGACGUAUUUGCUGGAGCUAUUAGAGGCCUGGGUACAGCUAAGCACUAUCACUACGUCGAUGAUGCUUAUUCUAUGAGAAUAUUCGGUUGCUUUGCUCUGACUGAGCUUUCUCACGGAAGCGACACAAGACGAAUGAGAACAACAGCAACCUAUGAUCCUAAGACACAGGAGUUCAUACUGCAUACUCCUGAUAUAGAGGCUGCUAAAUGUUGGUCCGGUAACCUUGGCAAGCUAGCUACCCACGCUGUGGUCUAUGCCCAGUUGUACACUCCUGAUGGCGCCUGUCAUGGACUCCACCCAUUCAUAGUCCCCGUGAGAGACCCAAGCACUCAUGCCACCUAUCCUGGACUGACCAUUGGGGACAUGGGGAGGAAGAUCGGACAAAAUGGAGUCUCUAACGGGUACAUGUUAUUUGAUAAUUAUCAUAUUCCAAGAGAUAAUUUAUUAAACAAAUCGGCUGACGUCACUCCUCAAGGAAACUACGAAACUCCUUAUAAGAGUGCCAGUAAAAGGCUUGGAGUGUCACUGGGUGCUUUAUCAAGUGGGAGGGUUGGCAUUGCUGGAAUGGCUGGGUUUAACAUGGGGAAGGCAUUAACUAUUGCCAUCAGAUAUGCAGCUGUCAGAAAGCAGUUUGGUCCAUCAGCUGAUGUUGAAGUUCCAUUGCUUGAGUAUCAGUUACAUCAAUAUCGUUUGUUUCCAUAUUUAGCAGCUACCUAUUGCUUUCAACAUUUCAAUAAUUGGUUCUUUGAACAGUUUGUGAUGUUCACUGGUGCCCUCAUUAUUGGCGAUAAAAGUGACAGACAAGCUGAGCUAGGCCGUGAAAUACAUGCCCUGUCUUGUGCUGUCAAGUCCCUGAUGGGUUUCGUUGCGAGGGACUGCAUUCAAGAGUGUAGGGAAGCGUGUGGCGGUCACGGGUACCUCACUCUCUCAGGAUUAGGAGUCAUUCAUGACGACCAUGAGCCUAACCUCACCUAUGAAGGAGAUAACAAUGUCAUACUGCAGCAGACGGCAAAUUAUUUAUUAGGAAUGAUGAGGGAAGGGAGAGAUGCCUCCAGUCCUUUGGGCUCUGUUAAUUUCAUGACUGACCUUCCUAACGUAUUAAGAAGACGUUAUGUACCAUCAAACACACUAACAUUUACAUUAUCAGACGUAUUGCAUUCCUACGAAUGGCUGGUAUGCUAUUUGCUGGUCGAGAGCUCGCAAAAGGUCAGACAAGAAGAAUUCAAGACAAAGUCUGAUUUUUGGGCAAAAGAAAACUCCCAAGUCUAUUACUGUCACACUCUUUCCCUUGCAUUUACUGAGUACUUCAUAUUGAAGACUUUUAACGAGUUUGUUUGCGAAGCAGAGAGAGAAAGGGAAGGAGGAAAUGAAGUAUGCAAUGUUUUGAAACUUUUGGGUCUUCUUUAUGGUUUAUGGAGCUUACAGAAGCACUCAGCAUGGCUUUGCCAGGGUGAAUAUUUCACUCAACCAAGUCACAUUCAAUCAAUGCGUAAUAACAUACUCUUGAUUUGUGAAAAAAUUAAAAAUGAUGCUGUCUCAUUAAUUGAUGCUAUAGCUCCUCCUGACUGGAUGCUAGGGCCAUUAGGACAAUCUGAUGGAGAUGUGUAUAGACAUCUUUAUAAUGCAAUGUCCAGUGAACCAGGAGCCAAUGAGAAACCAAACUGGUGGAAAGAAAUAGCCACACCUCCUCAAGUCGGAGGUAAACAUGAACUAAUUUCAAAGUUAUGAUGAUCAUGAUUAACCUAUGAUUUAAUUACACAUGUUUUAUCAUUAUUGUUUUGCGUGCGUGUAGAUACAUCUAGUGUGCUAAAAUUUAGUCACGAGUUUUUAUUUAUAAAAUAA